UAAAAGCAAUUGUUUAAUAAAACAAAAACUCAAAAUAACAAGAUACUUGGAAUACAGGAACUAUAAAAAACUAGAACAUAACAUCUGAUUAUAUUUAACGAAGGCAGACAAUGAACUGAGAAAAACACAGAACUUAAAUACAAAGACCAAACCAAUCAACUCAAUGAAUUAGUGCCAGUCAAACAAUGAAAAACCAUAGAGACUGAGGAAAACCAAGGAAACUGAACUAAACAUGAACAAAACCAAAGCAAAGGCAGAUAAACCCGGACACUCUAAUGCUGAUUUAAUCCUUGGAAAUAACAAACAUAAAAAGUUUUAGGGAUUCCUUUAUUACACAUUUCAAUUUAUUAUUAUUUUUAUAUUUACUGUUUCAGAAAUUAAUCAGUACAGGGGUGAAUGCAGACCAAAGACACCAGCUGGAUUCACCCAUGACACACUGACUUAAAUGUCCUGGAAAUCUGGCCUAUCUCAGGAGUCAGGACAUCUUAAACUCAUUUUAGGUUUAGAGUUAGGUUUUGCAUCUACCCUACCUGAGGAUCUGACUCGAUAUUAACACAUUUAUUGCAACAAAAAAAUGUCAUUAAAUUCAAUUAUUAUUAAUAGCCCACAUUAAAUAUUUUAAACAUGGUAUCCAUUUUCGAGCUAGUCAUAUAGGUGUGUUAACAGUUCAAAGAAGCAGGUGCUGAAUGUUUUUCUGAAAAAAAGAAUUGAGGUCAAAAGACCACAUUUUGUGCAUGCUUGAUGUUUCAGUGGUACAAAAUGAGGAGAGAUAUAUGAUUAAGUUGCUUUUAAACUCUUUCUUGACUUUUUCUCUUUUUAAUGUGAUAUUUGAUAAAUCAUCCAUUUAUUAAUAUGCAUAUAAUAGGUUAUGAAUCUUUCUCACCUCUUAGUCUUAAUUUUAAAUGAGUUUAACAGAGGACCAUUCAAGAUAGAUGACUCCUGAGAUAAAAAUCAUUACAUGGGUCAGCUAAUGUGCAAUCAUAUGCUUUGAAGUGACAAAGGAUAUGAGUAACUAUAGCAUGAGGUUUUGUCACUAAAUCUUUGCGUCAUACAAAAAAGUGUGUGGCAUAGCUUUUUUUUAGUUAUUAAGGUACAUUUAUAAAGUUUAAAAUUAGUUAUCUUAAUAUGUCUUUCCUUCAUCCUUAUUUAUUUAAACCUUGUGGUCUAACAUCUUUUCCUGUGGUUUAUAUGCGCUAGUUUCACACAAACUGUAAUUGUGGGUCUGGCGCUAACCUCAUUGUUUUCUUUUGUUUUGUUCAUUUUUCAUUUUCCACACCUUAACAGUAAACAACAUGCUAGUCAUUCCCACUGUUUAUGAGGAGUUUAUUAUCUUUGUUUAUUAUUAUAAACACCUCUGCUCAUUUAUCUACUGAUAUUUCGUGCAUUCUUUGAAUUACUCUGUAUCUCAGAUUCGCCUUAUGGCAGUGGGUUUUCCCCAGAAACACUUUGAAGAUGAAGAUGGAAACUAAAUGUAAAAGAGAUCAAAAAUCUAGGGCAGGCAGGAAGGCUGUUCUGUGGUGUUGUUUUCACACGCUAAGCACAUGUGUGAGGGAACGUGUGAGGACGACAUGGGUUAUUCUGUCUUGUUUCGGUGUUCCAGUCUCAUAUUUAUAUCUGGCGUUACUGUCAGCCCUUUGGAGCAAGCUAAUAUACAUCUAUGAUGGCAACAGCAGAGUAUCUCAAAUGGAGGAGAAAUCACUUUUCUGAGUGCAUUAGGAAAGUUCUAGAUUUGAAUCAACAUUAUUCUUUAAUUCAUGACUUUAAAGGUAAUAUCAGCAAUUUUAGUUUAUGUUUGCUGUACAGCGGAGUCUUGCUGUUUGAUAGCAGUUAAUGAUCGGUGCUGACUAAAAACGUGGUUUAUUAAGUAGGAUGCUUAACUGUUGAAACAGACUCUCAGAGUUUCAGAACAGGCAAAAAUACCACAAAUCUAGGUCAUUGCCCCUUAAAAGAGCAAGGCAGGUCUGAGAAAACGAGGUUGACAUAAAAAAGAUUAGGCUUGUAACAUUAAGCAUCGCUCAUGAGAAUGCUGAAUUGCCGGUCGCAAGCAUAUCGUUGGUAACAUUCUACUUUGGUGGUUUUUUUACGCCUUUGAUAUUUACAUGCACUCAGAUAUGACCCCUUUUAUGUGACCUCUUUAAAAGGGGCGACCGUGCAAGGUAACCUCAUAUUUUUCUGACUAUAUGCUGGUUUGCUUCAGAGAACGCAGGAGAAGAAGCUUAAAGUCUAGGCAUGAAGUGCAGGAAAAAAUAUUUGACUCGAUAUUCACUGAUAAUCGCAGAGACCCAGAAAGGCAUGAAAUGGAUUUCUUCGUCAAAGUCUGGCAGGUGGUCUUUUUACUCCUUUUCAGCGCCAAAUUCUGUGACUGCUACGGAAUUAAAUGUGUUGGAAAGUUGAUAAUAGACUCAGAUGUCAUUCAUAUGGGCUCCAACCUAACUGUAGUCUGCCAAUCAGACACUGAGCACUGUGGCAGACCCUUUGCCAUAGACUUAAAUGGACAGACCAUUUUCGAAGCAAUUAAUUGCUCUGUAAUAAAAACACAAAUAGUCAUCAGUCAGCCCAAAUUUUCACUACACUGCAGGGUAAGGGUGGGAGACACAUGGCACAAUGUUUGCGGUCGAGAUCUCAUAGCUGGCUACCCUCCAGGUAAGCCGAAAUUCAGCUGCGUCACAUACCAACAUUCAGAGCUUGUUAACUGCUCUCUGACGGCCACAACUGAGACAUAUUUAUUUACAACCUUCAGAGUGACAUUUUACAACCGUACAUCUCAGUUUCUCCAGUAUGAGAUGAACAAGAACAGUCAUGUCUCUAUUCCACGAUCACUGUUUGAUGAGAACAUGGCAUACAAAGUCCAUGUAAAAGGUCUAAAUGCAUUAGGAGAGUCGCACUCUAAUUUCACCUUCUCAAUUUGGGACAUUGUGAUUCCAAGCACUCCAAAGAUAACACAAGUUGUGUUUGAAAAUGGUGCUCUUUCUCCUACAAUAUACUGGAAUGGCUCAGAAGAUGUGCUGAAACCAAGCCUGAGGUUCAGAAGUGCGCAUAAUGACCAAGACUGGGGCCUGGGAAGAGUGACGGAGCUCCUACCUGGAUGCAUUUUGAUGCAGGAAACCUUAAAACCGCUGAUUUCCUAUCAGUUUGAGCUGAGAGUGUGUGUUACUUCAACAAACUGCAGCAUGUGGAGUCAUCCCUUCAGUAUAACCAGCCCUGGAAUAGCACCCUCACACAAACUUGAUGUGUGGAGAGUCAUCAACAGGACCAGUAAACAUGGACUUCACAGUGUCAAAGUGUUGUGGAAGCACUACAAACCUGAAAAUUACAGUGGAGAUUUGUUAUAUUACAAGUUAUCUUAUAAAAAAGAAGGCAAGAUCCAUGAACUGAACUGCUCAGCUCAUGUCACCCAUCAGACACUUCAGCUGAGCGUAGCAGAAGUUAACAUCAGUGCUGUGACAUCUGCUGGGUCCUCCCCUCCCACACCUGUGAGCUUGAUAUGUACAGGUAGACCCGCUCCUGUGAUAACAUAUUUAGCUCCAGCAGCAGGGGGCAGUUUGCUUCUAGCAUGGGACUUUUCUCAUUACAGUGAGGUGGAGGAGGGCAUUCUGGGUUUUGUAGUGCAGUGGCAACAAAGCCCAGUGCGCUUAGAAUGGAAGAGAUUAGGAAAAGACUGUAAUUUUACAUUGCUACAAGGUAUGCAAUCCGGUGUGCUGUAUAACAUUUCAUUAUAUGCCGAAGAAGCCAGUGGAGUUUCAGAUCCUGCAUUUGGUCACGUUUAUGCAAGGGAAGAGAAGCCUCUAGCCGGUCCAGAUGUAUCAGUUACUACUGUAGGGGAAAAGCAGAUUUUGAUCCAAUGGGACGAGCUCGCCCAAGAAAAACAAAGGGGAUUUAUCACAAACUACACCAUUUACCUCCAGAGACAUAGAGACAAGACACUUAUUCAGAACCAAAAUGUGCCUUACACUUUUCCUAGACGUUUGAGUUGGGAGCUGCAUGGCCCACAGGAAUGUUUCGAUAUUCUGGUCUCUGCAUGGAAUUCUGCCGGUGAAGGGCCUAAAGGAAGACCUGCAACCUGCUGCUGCCCUAUCAAAGUAUCACAUCAACCCAGAUCAUACAAGACAACAGGUGGAAUGAUAGCUGGAAUUUGUUUGGCUGCUGCUGUUCCUAUAGUGAUCCUGGCCAACCUGAUGUACCUGAAAUGUGUGCGGCAAAGAAUGAUGAAAAUGUGCAUGUCCAUGGGAGUCUCUUGGAUUUUUGAAAAUUUACCGAAAUUCGAUAACAGCAAUGCUAUAAAACUACUAAAGGAUGACAGUUAUGGCCCUUGGGGACCUCUUCCUGGAGACAGCGAUCCUCCCUUAACUCCCAUUGAGGAAGUCAUUCCAUCUUGGGAGAGGCAAGACUCCUACCCAACUGUUCUUCAUGUCACAGAAACGCCCUCGACGGACGUGUUUUGCAUUGAUUCUCCUUAUAAACCUCAGUUACUGACCGCUUCACAGAGAAAUGAAGAACUCUCUGAGACUACAGAGGAAGAGCUAAAGGAGGAGGACCAAUUCCCUUUGUUGGUGUCUCCAUCACAUCUUGACUUCAGUUGGGAUUUAACCUCUAUUCCCGUGAAACAUGGACGUCUUAAUAGCUUUCUAGCUAUGGAUGGAGCGCUCGGAUCCUUGGGCGUUCUUGAGGGCCUCCUCUCUCCCCCUCAUAUAGCUUCCAAUAAGGAUGGAAGAGUGGAAGAGAAUGAGAGGAUUGUGGAAAUAGGAGAUGUAGGAAAGAGCACUUUCACAAGUCAAACUAUACUACCCAAUGACCUGGAGAGCUGCCUCAGGAGACCUGUCUUUAAUUCAAGCCCAUACUCCCCACAAGGGCUUUGCCAUAGUUUUUCAAUUCCAGAAGAGAAUUAGACGAUCUUUUGAACACGUUUUAAGAGAUUUCUUGCACGCAAGAGUACUGCUGAACUGAAUAUCAGCAUGGAUGUGAUUCUGUGGUAAACAGAAGCCUAUUCAAGCACUUGUUCGAGGCCAUCUUGUACAUAAAGCAUUACGUUUUUUUAUGAUUUAAUAGUGAUGAUACUCUAUUUUCUGUAUAUUGUCUGCACUUCACCGAAUGUGUGGCUUUAGUCAGAUGCAUACGAAUCACUUUGUGGUUUCCGCACACUCAAGAAUGUUGUAUGUUGCUCAUUGAUUUAUUCUUAGUAACUUCUUCUUCUUGAAUACUGUUUUGAUACAAAUGAAAAGACACAUAGCUGUCGAAUUGCACUUUUUUGCCAAAAUAUGGUCUUCUUUUUAAUUUUGAAUGCCACUUAUACAUAAAACAUCAAGACACCUUGUGAAAAAGAAGUGCGCUUAAAUGUAAUAUACUGUAAUAUAAUACAAUAUAAUACAGUUCACUUAAUUGUACUAUACUUGCAGAUAAUAUAAUAAACGUCCACUCUAUUGUACUUGAAAA